UGGCUGAGCCCCGCGCAGAGGGGCCUGUACCGGAGGGUGAUGCUGGAGAACUACCGGAACCUGGCGGCGCUGGGGCUCUGCGUUUCUAAGCCCGAUGUGAUCUCCUCCUUGGAACAGAGGAAAGAGCCCUGGACGGUGGAGAGAAAGAUGACGCGAGGCUGGUGCCCAGACUUGAAGACCGUGCGGGAGACCAAGGAGCCACCACCGCAGAAGGGCUUCCGUGAGGAGACGUCACCCCCCGCAGAGAUAAUGGAGAGACUCCCACACUGCGGCCUGGAGUGCUCCCUGCUGGGGGGCGGCUGGGGUUAUGACGCCCUGUUUGAGAGGUGGCCGGGCUUGGUGACCAUCACGAGUCUGGCCGUGGACUUCUCCCAGCGGCUGGACCCAGCCCCGCGGAGUCCGUGUCGUCAGAGUGUGGUGUGGGAUGCACGCAGUGACCUGGGGGCAGUCGGACGCUGUGUCUCCAAGCCAGCCACGGCCCCUUUGCUGGCGCGAGGGCGGGAAGCCUGGCUGCUGAGGAGAGAGCAGGCGGGAGGCCUGCCCCCAGACCCACAAUCGGUGCAUGAGACCCAAGAACUCUGCCCAAAGCAGGAUUCGUUUGCUGACGUGGUAAUGGGCAGAACUGCAAACACUGAGCUGACGUGUUCCACUUUCAGAGAAAAUUGGGAAUCUGUGGGCGUGUUUGACCAGAAGCUGGUAGGUCAGGGCACCCAGUUCAGGCCAGAGACGGUCACUCACAGCACACCCCUCUCCAAGGACGGAGGGCGCAUGCACAGCAAGCCCGCCAGGUGGCUGCGCCUGGGCAGCUCAGAAGAGAGAGCUCACAGUCGGGAGUCCCUGAAGAAAAACUUCCCCCCGAAUUCGGUGGCAAUAAAACACACGGGUCUCUAUGCUGGAAAAAAACUUUUCAAAUGUAACGAAUGUAAGAAGACUUUUACUCAGAGCUCCUCCCUGACUGUUCAUCAAAGAAUCCACACCGGGGAGAAGCCCUACAAGUGUGGCGAGUGCGGGAAGGCCUUCAGCGAUGGCUCGUCGUUUGCGCGCCAUCAGCGAUGCCACACGGGAAAGAAGCCGUAUGAGUGCGUGGAGUGUGGCAAGGCCUUCAUCCAGAACACGUCCCUCAUCCGCCACUGGCGCUACUACCACACCGGGGAGAAGCCCUUUGAUUGCAUCGACUGCGGGAAAGCCUUCAGCGACCACAUCGGGCUGAACCAACACAGGAGAAUUCACACUGGGGAGAAACCCUACAAAUGUGACGUGUGCGACAAAUCCUUCAGGUAUGGCUCGUCCCUCACUGUGCACCAGAGGAUUCACACUGGAGAAAAACCUUACGAAUGCGAGGUCUGCAGGAAAGCCUUCAGCCACCACGCCUCCCUCACGCAGCAUCAGAGAGUGCACUCGGGGGAGAAGCCGUUCCAGUGUCAGGAGUGCGGGAAGGCCUUCCGGCAGAACAUACAUCUUGCCAGUCACCUGAGGAUCCACACUGGAGAGAAGCCCUUUGCGUGUGCGCAGUGUGGGAAGUCCUUCAGCAUCAGCUCCCAGCUGGCCACGCACCAGCGCAUCCACACGGGCGAGAAGCCCUACGCGUGCAAGGUGUGCGGCAAAGCCUUCACCCAGAAGGCUCACCUCGCGCAGCACCAGAAGACGCACACGGGCGAGAAGCCGUACGAGUGUAAGGAGUGCGGGAAGGCCUUCAGCCAGACCACACACCUCGCCCAGCACCAGCGGGUGCACACCGGGGAGAAGCCCUACAAGUGCGCCGAGUGCGGGAAGGCCUUUGGUGAUAACUCCUCCUGCAGCCAGCACCAGAGGCUGCACACCGGCCAGAGACCCUACGAGUGCCUCGAGUGCGGGAAGGCCUUCAAGACCAAGUCGUCCCUCAUCUGUCACCGGCGAAGCCACACCGGGGAGAAGCCUUACGAGUGCGGCGCGUGUGGCAAAGCCUUCAGCCACCGCCAGUCGCUGAGCGUCCACCAGAGAAUUCACUCUGGAAAGAAGCCGUACGAGUGCAAGGAGUGCAGGAAGACCUUCGUCCAGAUCGGGCACCUCAACCAGCACAAGCGCAGAAUUCACACUGGAGAGAAACCCUACGAGUGCACCGAGUGCGGGAAAGCCUUUAGCCAGAGUGCCCACCUCGCCCAACACCAGAGAACGCACACAGGAGAAAAGCCCUUCGAAUGUACUGAGUGCGGGAAGGCCUUCAGCCAGAAUGCUCAUCUUAUUCAACACCAGCGAGUUCAUACUGGGGAGAAGCCUUACCAGUGUAAGCAGUGUCGCAAAGCCUUCAGCCAGCUUGCACACCUCGCCCAGCACCAGCGCGUUCACACUGGAGAGAAGCCCUACGAAUGUACUGAAUGUGGGAAGGCCUUCAGCGACUGUUCAUCCCUAGCUCACCAUCGAAGGAUUCACACCGGGAAAAGACCCUAUGAAUGUAUCGACUGCGGGAAGGCCUUCAGGCAGAAUGCUUCUCUCAUACGUCAUCGGAGAACUCACACAGGAGAGAAGCCUUACGAAUGUACGAUCUGCAGGAAGGCCUUUAGCCACCGUGGCUCACUUACUCUUCAUCAGAGAGUUCACACGGGAGAGAAACCCUACGAAUGUAGGGAGUGUGGGAAAGCUUUUCGGCAGAGCACACACCUUGCUCACCAUCAAAGAGUUCAUACCGGGGAGAAGCCCUACGAGUGUAAGGAGUGCAGCAAAGCCUUCAGCCAGAACGCACACCUGGCGCAGCAUCAGAAAAUACAUACUGGAGAGAAACCUUACGAAUGUAACGAGUGCGGGAAAGCCUUCAGUCAAAUUGCACACCUUGUUCAACACCAGAGAGUCCAUACAGGUGAGAAGCCUUACGAGUGUAUCGACUGUGGGAAGGCCUUCAGCGACGGCUCCUACCUUGUUCACCACCAGAGACUGCACACUGGGAAAAGGCCUUAUGAAUGUCUGGAGUGUGGGAAGGCAUUUAGACAGAGGGCCUCCCUGAUUUGUCACCAAAGGUGUCACACAGGCGAGAAACCUUACGAAUGUAAUGUUUGUGGGAAAGCCUUUAGCCAUCGUAAAUCCCUCACGCUACAUCAAAGAAUUCAUACCGGGGAGAAACCUUACGAGUGCAAGGAGUGUAGCAAAGCCUUCAGCCAAAUCGCCCAUCUGACGCUACACAAGAGAAUUCAUACUGGAGAAAGGCCCUACGAGUGUAGACAGUGUGGAAAAGCCUUCAGGCAGAGUGUACACCUUGCUCAUCACCAGCGAGUUCAUACUGCAGAGUCGUCUGUGAUUAUUGCUUCCUCCUCACCUCCACGCCACCAGGUCCUGUAGAUUCAGGACUCUUAAGUAGCUUCUAGAAGCCAUCCAGUCCAUUUCCCAUCAUCAUAGUCCAGGUCAUCACCAUUUCAUUGGGAUGUUGUAAUCAUUUUCCCUCCUACUCUUUUCAGGUGUAUUUUUAACACUAGCCAUUUCAAUUUUUUAAAAAUAAAAAUAAAUAUUCAUGUUACUUUCCCAUUUCAAACGCUUGAAGAACGUAUUAGGUAAUGCUGUUAAAGGGCUUAGCACACAAUCCUCGGCAUAUGAUUGGUGCCAAUAAGGUAAAGCUAUGGCUGCAGAUAAAAUGAAGCAGUGAGUCAAGACGAAGAAACCUCCGGUGGUGUAGCCGACAGAGGCUUUCUGACUCUCCUGUGAGGUGGGAAAGAAGAACAGACUUCGAACGGAAAGUGUGGGCCUUCCCACAAAGAUUCUGUGAUGUAGCAAGGUAUCCGGUGACUCGACACUCUUAGACUCUGAGGACAUGUAGCGUUACUGAUGAGGAACUUCUUGCCUGGUGCUUACAGGUGAAAAGAGGUCGGUUCGAACAAAAGCAUUUGGUAGACUGGAGGGUUGGCCAAGGGAGAAGAUGAACAACAGACAAAAAUUAGGCUAGAUAACUGGCAGAUUUAUAAACAUGAAAAAAAAGGCAAAGGGUAGUUAAUGGACACUUCUGCUUGUGAAAAAGCACCACAGACAAUCCCUGUGGAACAUUGUUCUCGAGCAUAAAAUAGAGUCAAACUGCACCAUCUUGUUUCAUGAAGCUGAUAAGAUCACCUCUGAAACAGGAAAACUGCAGUCAGCUCACGAAUGUAGACUUCAAUACUGAAAAUGGAGUAAGUGGGAAGUUAGGUGUGUCUUUGCAUAGAAAGAACAAUCUGGUGAAGAUAAAUCUCCCCCCAGAUGUAAAUUCCUGAGCAUUCCCAUAAAAAUGCCACAAUUUCUUAGUAGAGAAGCUGAUUCUGACCCUCCAUAGAGCAGUGGUGUAACAAGGAAUGCGGUGCCACAGUGGGCGUGCGAAGCUCACCCAGUUAACAUUUCCUGAGCAUUUACUAAUGUGCCAGGGACUGUUUUAGAUGCUGGGGAUGGAGCAGGAUGUCAAGUGAACAAAAGCUGUUGCUCCCGCGGGUCUUGUGGAAGGACAGACUGGGGCGGGAUGAGGUGUAACCUGCGCUGGGCUGAGAAAUGCUCUAAAGAGGCAGCCCGGGAGCCCCGGGAAGGGCUCCCUACCCUCAGGGCAUGUGGCGCUAGAGGCAGGGAGUGAGACCGGAGGUAGGGCCAGUCAUCAGGCACAGAAGGUAGGAGACAGUCUUGAUCCUGCUGAGGUAGCUAGUCAAGAUGCUGUGGAUGUGGCAGGACGGUCAAGCUGCUGGUUCAGCAAGGGCCACGGGGGUUCUAGCAAUAGUGAUUUAAAGGGUAGUGGGGAUUUUGUUAGUUCUGCUGUUUGGAGAUUGGUAACAGUCUCACUGAGAGAAUUCAUGUACCGCCCAAUUCACCCAUUUGAAGACUGCAGCUGAGUGUGUUUUAGUUUUUUCAGAGGCGCGCAGCCAUCACCACAGUUCAUUUUAGAACAUUUUCAUCACCGUGAGAGAAAUCCCUGGCCUUGAGCAGGUACGCCACCCCUGGAAGAGACCCGUUACCCGGGGUACCCAAGGCCCAACUGCUGCUCAGGGAAGGGAGCUCUUUCCUAAAGGUCACUGGCUGCUGGAAAAUGGAGCUUUGGGGACUCGUCUGAUGACAGAGGCCUAGAAACUAGGGAAUAGGAGAUCUUUGCAGAGCAUGUGGAGCCUUUGGGGCUCCUCUUAUGUGUGAUAGAAAGCAUUUUACAUUGCAGCGUGGGUUGCUCAAAUGCCAUUGGGACACAACUCUCCGGAAAGACCGAGACCUACACCUUGCACACUGUGAAACAAUGGAGGUCUAUAUCUAAAAUAUUAAAAGAUGAAAGAAAACCUAUUUCCGUCCUGUUGGUGUAAGGUACGCAUCACCCAGGAGUAGACUUUAGACUCAUUGACAUUUAUAGGCAAGUGAGACACUGAAAGAAAAUUUGCAACGAAUGUAACAAAGAGCCACAACCCCUCAUAAUUCUAGCACUAUUACCAGUCGGUGACACCUGCAGCGCACUGCGAAUGGGCAAAGCUGAUGACCAACUCGAAGAAGAGGAAACAAAGCAGUUAGAACUACCCAGUAGCACUAGUAAUCCAGGAAAAGCUAGAUUUGGAAAUGAUGUGUCUACUUUUACCAGUAGAUUAAUUUUUAGAUCAUAGAGGAGUGAUCCGAUCCAAUUUUGGUGCUAUCCAGUGUGUAGAAAAUGACCGUUCCAUUGCCCGUCAUAGAAACUGCUGUGUGCGUCCACCACUGAAAUUAGUAUCCCUGAGAGCCCAGAGUGUGCAAAGGUGGGUGAGUGUAUAUGGCCACAAAAAAAAAAAUUUUUUUUAAACAGAAACUAUUAGGGUAAUGGGUCUGUGGGGAAGUUAAGGAUGGUGUGUUCAUUCAGGAAAGUUCUGUGCAGCUGUGGGACAAAGAACUCUGUGUAGCUAAAGGAGAAUGUUGUCAGACCUGUAUUCUAGGAUAAAGUCAGUCAUUGUAAUACCGAAAAUAAAGCCUAAAAUAGCCUAUUAUUUUCCUCUGCCUGCUUUUCCGGGUUUUGGCUACAUCAUUUCUGCUUUGACAACUGGCCGUACUUACUCUAGCCCAUGGGGUUCUGUCGGCACUAUACAGCCUAAUGCUCUUGGGGUUUGAAAGGCCCUCGGGGCUGUCCUCAGCAGCUCCCAGAAGGCGUGAUGGGCUUUUGGUUGCCGUAUUUGGAGUCACCCAGUUUUUUAAUGUCCUAAGGUAAUUCUUCAAACUGCCACUACCCUUCCAAGGCUGCAUUUUUGGCUUCUGUUGCUCAUUUUACUUGCAAUUAAGGAAAUGUAGCCAAUGCCGAAUUUGGUAGGAAAUAGAAUCUUUGACAUUUUUGAGGUAUAAGAGAUUGAGUUUAGGCGAGAAAGGGCAAGUGAGACGCCUCUUCAUUUUCUGAAUGUACGACGACGUGACUGGGCAAACGCCCAGGGGCAUUGCUGGGAGGUGACCAGCGCUCCAGGGCCCGGAUGACCGCGGGCGGAGGGAGGGAACGCCAGGUCCAGGGUGUGUGUGAGGCUCUCACCGCUCUGGGAGUUAGAACUCAGAGCUGGAAAUUCGAGCAUUGGGGCCAGAAUUGUUCACGGAAAAAUAUGUGCGGCUGUUGAAAGAAUUUUACACUGAAGCCACUGGUUAAGGC